AUGAUUCGUAGUGUUGGAGAAGAUGAGGAAUCUAGUUUGGAGGGGGAUAGUUCUCUAUAUGUCAGCGUUCCUCCCAAAGAUGUCCCAAUUGAUGGAAAAGAUGACAAUGAUGAUAGUAUUGAGAUUGAAGGUAUGGGUGAAGACGAUCCCAACGGUGAGGACGAUGCCGACAAUGAGGAUGGGGGUGACGACAGUGAUGAUGUUGAAUAUGGUGAAGAUGAUAAUAUCCUAAUAGCUCCCGAACAUUUUCAAGAUACGUCGGAUGACAACCCUGAAGAAAGAAAUUCUUCCAUUCCUGUAGAAUCCCGUACCGAAGAAAAUAUAGAUCCAGAAGAUGAAGACAAUGACCUGAUGAAUCCUAAGGCUUUUUCCAUAGAUCCUAAAUCCCUCGCUGAUGAUACAAGUGAUACGGCGGAGUCGAUCCAUGAUGACGAUGCUGAUCGCGCUGCCUUUGUUGAUGCAGCUGCGGAGAAGGCCGACGUGCUACCCUCAAAGAGAUCGUCUGGCGGCUUUGCCGAUGAAGAUGAUCUUUUUGAUUUUGACGAGGGUUUCAUAGAACCUCCACCAAAGAAGGCCAAGACGAGCUCCAGCAAGCCAGCCCCGGCAGCCUCGGAGGCUUCGGCUCCUGCUACAGCCCCAACAACUCAAGUCUCAACAGCUUCUUCCCUUUUCAAAGGGAAGGAGAUUCCUUCGACUGCCGCGGUUACAGUUUCUCCUCCUGGUAAACCUGAUUUUCGAGCGGUCAUUUCUUCCCUGGAGGUCUUCGCUUCUCAAUUUUCUUCUCUUGAAGCUGAUAAAGUUCGGCUGCAAAAGGAAGUUGAGUCUGCUUCUUCAAAGCUUGAAAAUGCAAUUAAAAUGGCUGUCGAAGCCCGCAAAAAUGCCGAUUCUUUGAGGGAGAAACUUGAGAAGCUGAAGAACAAGCUGAAGGACGAAGAAACUUCGAAGCUUGCUGCCGAAGCUCAAAGGAAUGAGAAGGAUGAUUGA